UGCUUGAACAUUGCUUCUUCGAUGAGUGGUGUUGCAGAACUCUGUGUUAAAGGGAAGCUGAAACGGUUUUCAAUUUCCAUGAAUUGCUGCGGUUGGUAAGAACAGGCCUCAAAAUUUACGGUUAUGAAUUUUUUUCUUCUUCGUUUGGUUAGAUAAGGGGCGGAAAUAGCUUUCUAAAUCCCCCCCCACGGAAACGCCCUCGUCGCUUCCCGGAGCGCCGGGUGAGGAGGCAGCCGGCGGAGAGAACCGGCGACAAUGACGUCAUUCCCGGGGACCGCGCUGCCCGACCGGCGUGCUGGCAUGUUUCUUUCUGCCCUGCGCUUUACUAAACGACGCUACGAGAGAUCUGCCGCCGCUCACGUUUGUUUUCUUUUGCGAUUUUCGUAAACUGUUCAUCCUUUCUGUGCUGCGUGAGUGCCUACAGCCAAAGGCGCCCUACAUGCCCUCGUUCUGUGCAGCAUUCGGCUGCGCGAACACAGGCGGCCGAGACGAUGUGGUGUUUCACUUGUUCCCGAAGGACAAGAAGCUUGCAGCGCAGUGGGUCCGUGCGGUGAGGAGAGAUAAUUUCGUGCCGACGAAAUCAACUGUGCUGUGCUCGGACCAUUUCCGCGACAGUGAUUAUUAUCGGAGCUUGACAACGAUGCGGGCACUCGGUUUUCCAGUUAAAUCGGCGCGACUGAAGCCCGGCGUUGUUCCGUCUAUAUUCUCCCACAAUAGAAGCACCUCGCCACCUCCAAGAGCGGCCUUCGCCAAGAGGAGAAAGCUUGAGGUACUAGCAGAGCUCCUUGAGAACCGAGCCCCUGAUGAACCUGUUCCACUACCAUCGCCAAUCGAAGAUGUUGAAGCAGCCAUUGUGGCACAGGCAGCUGGUGUUGAACAGAAUUGCCCCGAAACUGCAGACAAGAGUGUUCAAGUUCUGAUACAACCAGCCAAAUCUUUCAGGGCAUCACAAGCAGACAUAAAAAGAAAGCGCAACUUCAUUUCACAUGGGACGCAGACAAAGCCUCGGUGUGUUUCUGUCGGUGUCCAGGUUGGGGGCAUCUUCAUGGUAGAUUUUGCACUCAGGUGAUGAAUGUGGCAGAGCCAUGUUAUGAGAGUGACAGCCUAAGUGACAGUGAACCUGCUUCUGAUUUCGACGACGGUUACAGUCCUGACAAUCCUGACUGUCCUCAUUUAUUUAUUUCUGCAAAAUUCCUCUAAUUUGAGGCAUCUCUUCCAGGUACCAUCUGUAAUCAGACAGUAAAGACUAAAUAUCAAGCAA